AUGCCUUCAGUGCCUGGACCUCAUGCCUUCAGUGCCUGGACCUCAUGCCUUCAGUGCCUGGACCUCAUGCCUUCAGUGCCUGGACCUCAUGCCUUCAGUGCCUGGACCUCAUGCCUUCAGUGCCUGGACCUCAUUCCUUCAGUGCCUGGACCUCAUUCCCUCAGUACCUGGACCUCAUUCCUUCAGUGCCUGGACCUCAUUCCCUCAGUACCUGGACCUCAUUCCUUCAGUACCUGGACCUCAUGCCUUCAGUACCUGGACCUCAUGCCUUCAGUACCUGGACCUCAUGCCUUCAGUGCCUGGACCUCAUUCCUUCAGUGCCUGGACCUCAUGCCUUCAGUACUUGGACCUCAUGCCUUCAGUGCCUGGACCUCAUUCCUUCAGUACCUGGACCUCAUGCCUUCAGUGCCUGGACCUCAUUCCUUCAGUGCCUGGACCUCAUUCCCUCAGUGCCUGGACCUCAUUCCUUCAGUGCCUGGACCUCAUUCCUUCAGUGCCUGGACCUCAUGCCUUCAGUGCCUGGACCUCAUUCCUUCAGUGCCUGGACCUCAUGCCUUCAGUGCCUGGACCUCAUUCCUUCAGUGCCUGGACCUCAUUCCCUCAGUGCCUGGACCUCAUUCCUUCAGUGCCUGGACCUCAUUCCUUCAGUGCCUGGACCUCAUCAUGCCUUCAGUGCCUGGACCUCAUUCCUUCAGUGCCUGGACCUCAUUCCCUCAGUGCCUGGACCUCAUUCCUUCAGUGCCUGGACCUCAUGCCUUCAGUGCCUGGACCUCAUGCCUUCAGUGCCUGGACCUCAUGCCUUCAGUGCCUGGACCUCAUUCCUUCAGUGCCUGGACCUCAUGCCUUCAGUGCCUGGACCUCAUGCCUUCAGUGCCUGGACCUCAUUCCUUCAGUGCCUGGACCUCAUGCCUUCAGUGCCUGGACCUCAUGCCUUCAGUGCCUGGACCUCAUUCCUUCAGUACCUGGACCUAA